UGUUGGGUCUGACUCGAAAUAGAGACACUUCCUUCUCAGCUAGAAUAUUUUUAUCUGGAACUGUUGUCGGUUCUUCAGAUGAUCCUACCACUGGAUGUCCGAGUUUCAUUGUCUGGUCCAACCUAGACUGUGGAUAUCCACAAGGUUCCGGCAAUAGUUUGCAGGUGCAUGGAUUCUUUUUUGUUUUUGUUUGGGAGGAAUUGGGAGGGCCUGGGAGCCUCUGCCAACCAGGCUUCAUAUUCUUACAAAUGCAUGUAGAAAUGACUGAACUUAUAGUGUUUCUAACGUCUUUUUAUAAGAGAAGAAAACAUCAUAGCCUCAGCCAUGAAGAAAUCCAACUGUAUAGGGCAUGGAGCUGGAGAACUAUGAGCAGCCGGUGAUUCUGAGAGAGGACAACCUCCGCAGGCGUCGGAGAAUGAAGCCACGCAGUGUGGCGGCCAGCCUGUCCUCCAUGGAGCUCAUCCCCAUUGAGUUCGUGCUGCCCACCAGCCAGCGGGACACCAAGAUUCCUGAAACCGCGCUGCUGCACGUGGCGGGGCACGGCAACGUGGAGCAGAUGAAAGCCCAGGUAUGGCUGCGCUCAAUGGAGACUAGUGUGGCCGCGGACUUCUACCACCGGUUGGGUCCGGACCACUUCAUCUUGCUCUACCAGAAGAAGGGACAGUGGUACGAGAUCUAUGACAAGUACCAGGUGGUGCAGACCCUGGACUGCCUGCGGUACUGGAAGAUGCUGAAUAAGAGCCCAGGUCAGAUCCACGUAGUACAGCGGCAUGCGCCCUCCGAGGAGACCCUGGCCUUCCAGCAGCAGCUCACCGCCCUCAUCGGCUACGACGUCACUGACAUCAGCAACGUGCAUGACGACGAGCUGGAGUUCACACGCCGCCGCCUGGUCACACCUCGCAUGGCAGAGGUGGCAAGUCGCGAUGCCAGGCUCUACGCCAUGCACCCCUGGGUGACAUCCAAGCCCCUCCCUGAGUACCUGUCAAGGAAGAUUACCAACAACUGCAUCUUCAUUGUCAUCCAUCGCAGCACGACCAGCCAGACCAUCAAGGUCUCAGCUGAUGACACCCCAGGUGCCAUCCUCCAGAGUUUCUUCACCAAGAUGGCCAAAAAGAAGUCACUGAUGGACAUCCCCGAAAGCCAAAAUGAGCAGGAUUUCGUGCUGCGUGUCUGUGGCCGGGAUGAGUACCUGGUUGGUGAAACACCCAUCAAGAACUUCCAAUGGGUUAGGCACUGCCUUAAGAAUGGAGAAGAGAUUCACCUAGUGCUGGACAGGCCUCCGGACCCAGCCCUGGACGAGGUGAGAAAAGAAGAGUGGCCACUGGUAGAUGACUGCACCGGAGUCACCGGCUACCAUGAGCAGCUGACCAUCCAUGGCAAGGAUCAUGAGAGUGUGUUUACUGUAUCCCUGUGGGACUGUGACAGGAAGUUCAGGGUCAAGAUCAGAGGCAUUGAUAUUCCUGUCCUACCCCGAAAUGCAGACCUCACAGUUUUUGUGGAAGCAAACAUCCAGCAUGGGCAGCAAGUUCUUUGUCAAAGGAGAACCAGCCCCAAACCCUUCACAGAGGAGGUGCUCUGGAAUGUAUGGCUCGAGUUCAGUAUCAAAAUCAAAGACUUGCCCAAAGGGGCUCUACUGAACCUCCAGAUAUUCUGUGGCAAAGCUCCUGCACUGUCAGGCAAAGCCUCUGCAGAGACUCCCAGUUCAGAGUCCAAGGGCAAAGCUCAGCUUCUUUACUAUGUAAACCUGCUACUGAUAGACCACAGGUUCCUCCUGCGCCAUGGGGAAUAUGUGCUCCACAUGUGGCAGAUAUCUGGGAAGGGAGAAGACCAAGGGAGCUUUAAUGCGGACAAGCUCACAUCCGCCACCAACCCAGACAAAGAGAACUCAAUGUCCAUCUCCAUUCUUCUGGACAAUUACUGUCACCCAAUAGCCCUGCCUAAGCAUCGGCCCACUCCUGACCCCGAAGGUGACCGAGUUCGAGCUGAAAUGCCCAACCAGCUUCGAAAGCAACUAGAGGCAAUCAUAGCCACUGAUCCACUUAAUCCCCUCACAGCAGAGGACAAAGAAUUGCUCUGGCAUUUUAGAUAUGAAAGCCUGAAGCAUCCCAAAGCAUAUCCUAAGCUAUUUAGCUCAGUGAAAUGGGGACAGCAAGAAAUUGUGGCCAAAACAUACCAACUGUUAGCCAGAAGGGAGGUCUGGGAUCAAAGUGCUUUGGAUGUUGGGUUAACAAUGCAGCUCCUGGACUGCAACUUUUCAGAUGAAAAUGUCAGAGCCAUUGCAGUUCAGAAACUGGAGAGCUUGGAGGAUGAUGAUGUUUUGCAUUACCUGCUGCAGCUGGUGCAGGCCGUCAAAUUUGAACCAUACCAUGACAGUGCCCUGGCAAGAUUUCUGCUGAAGCGUGGCUUAAGGAACAAAAGAAUCGGUCACUUCUUGUUUUGGUUCUUGAGAAGCGAGAUCGCUCAGUCCAGGCACUAUCAGCAGAGAUUCGCCGUGAUCCUGGAAGCCUAUUUGAGGGGCUGUGGCACAGCCAUGCUGCAGGACUUUUCCCAGCAGGUCCAAGUCAUCGAGAUGUUACAAAAAGUCACCAUUGAUAUUAAGUCACUCUCUGCUGAGAAGUAUGACGUCAGUUCCCAAGUUAUUUCACAACUGAAGCAAAAGCUUGAAACCCUGCAGAAUUCUAAUCUCCCAAAAAGCUUUAGAGUUCCGUAUGAUCCUGGUCUGAAAGCAGGAACCCUGGUGAUUGAAAAAUGUAAAGUGAUGGCCUCUAAGAAAAAGCCCCUGUGGCUUGAGUUUAAAUGUGCAGAUCCUACAGCCCUCUCCAAUGAAACAAUUGGAAUCAUCUUCAAACAUGGCGAUGAUCUGCGCCAAGACAUGCUUAUUUUACAGAUUCUACGAAUCAUGGAGUCCAUUUGGGAGACUGAAUCUUUGGAUUUGUGCCUUCUGCCAUAUGGUUGCAUUUCAACUGGGGACAAAAUAGGAAUGAUCGAGAUCGUGAAAGAUGCGACAACAAUUGCCAAAAUCCAGCAAAGCACAGUGGGCAACACAGGUGCAUUCAAAGAUGAAGUCCUGAAUCACUGGCUCAAAGAAAAAUGCCCCAUCGAAGAAAAGUUUCAGGCAGCAGUGGAGAGAUUUGUUUAUUCCUGUGCAGGCUACUGUGUGGCAACCUUUGUUCUUGGAAUAGGCGACAGACACAAUGACAAUAUUAUGAUCUCAGAGACAGGAAACCUAUUUCAUAUUGACUUUGGGCACAUUCUUGGGAAUUAUAAAAGUUUCCUGGGCAUUAAUAAAGAGAGAGUGCCAUUUGUGCUCACCCCAGACUUCUUGUUUGUGAUGGGAACUUCUGGAAAAAAGACAAGCCCACACUUCCAGAAAUUUCAGGAUGUCUGUGUCAAGGCCUACCUAGCCCUUCGCCAUCACACAAACCUGCUGAUCAUCCUGUUCUCCAUGAUGUUGAUGACAGGAAUGCCCCAGUUAACCAGCAAAGAAGAUAUCGAGUACAUCCGGGAUGCCCUGACAGUGGGGAAAAACGAGGAGGAUGCUAAAAAGUACUUCCUUGAUCAGAUUGAAGUUUGCAGAGACAAAGGAUGGACCGUUCAGUUUAACUGGUUCCUGCACCUUGUUCUUGGCAUCAAGCAAGGAGAGAAACACUCAGCCUAAUACUUUGGGCUGGAGUAAAAAACAACUCCGUGUUCUAAAGCUUUUAAGUCGGCGCAUCAGAGUCAUCAAGCUUGUAUUUAAAAUGCAACAGGACAUGGUGAGAGUUGGCACUUAACAGAGCUCCUUUCCUAGAUGAACUCCUCACUGGAGAAAAGAAAAGAUGGGCAUCGCCGACUGCUGAAGUUAUAUUCAGCGCUGGGCUUCUUUGCAGGUUUGUUUCUUCUCGUUCGUCUCAGUGAUGCUGGAGGACAUUUCGAGUUGAGACAGACUGAUGAUGUCCUUACGGGGGCCUGAUAUUUUGACUAUCUUAUUGAGUGCUUCUGGAAAUUCUUUAGAAUAGUUGAUGACAUCUGUUUUACUCUCCAUUUUGGUUCUCCUCCUGUGCUUUAAGCUCUCCAGGAAAAAAGAUGCAACUGUUGUAACCUUUGUCUCAUUCCUCAAAUGAUGCUUCCAAACCUCCCCUUGGUGUUGGCAGAUGUCAGUGGUAUGCUAAAAGCAAGGAAAGCGUGUUAGUCUUUUCAGUAUCUUUUGCAAUCAGAUUCUUUAACACUGUGCAGCUGAGAUGCACAGAGGGGAAACCCUGAACUUUGCCGGCCUGCCCCCAGGGUAAUGGAUAUCCAAAACAGAGAUGAGACCUUUUAUUAUCCAAUACAAUUAGUGUGGCCUCCAGCACAGAAGCUGGAAGUCACCAAUAGGUCUCUGCUGGCCUGAACCUGCUCAUUCCCUCUCUCCCUUCCUCCCUGACUCCCUUCUUCUUCAGGUGAGACCUUUCUACAACCCUUUGUGGACCUCUGAGAACAUCAAGGACAUCUUUACCUUAGAACUCAAAACUUGGCUGAAAAAAUAUUUGUAUUCUAGGAUUACUAGAAUUAUAAUUAUAGUUUAUGAAAAUGUUUAGUGGAUUUUUUAAAAAGUAUGUUAUUAAGGGAGGCAUUCUAGAAAAUAUGAUUUUAAUUAAUAUGAUAAUUUCCACAUGCUUUAAUUUAAAUUUCUGGUCUUAAUAUAUAUUUUUUUUAAUUUUUAAUGGAAGAAGAUAUUUGUUAUUUAAAGAGUUUGGAAAAACACUACUUGUCUUACCCAUUUCUUGAUUUCAUAGACUUUUAGACUUUGGUACAUCCUGUAUUUACUAAAAACAACUAAAAUAUCAUCCUUAAAAAAAAAUCUCAUCUCUUAAGUUUCUUGCCAGUUUCAUCUCUUAAGUCUCUUGAUUAACCUUAGAGAGAGAUCAUUAAAUUAUUUAUAUAAUAUCUUUAAUUACCUGUAGUUAAUAAAUUACAUAAAAAUAAUUAUGUUGAUGGUGUCUACAUUUAAGUAUAAUCAGAUAUAAAUAUAUUUCUAAUUUUUUUAUUUUCAAAAUGGAUACCAGAUGGACUUUGAUGUAGCCCAGACCUUUCUUUUUUUGUGUAUUAAAAAGCCAAGGGAUGCUCAACUCUGGCUGCAAAUAAGAACCACCAGGAACAUUUUUUAAAAAUACCCUUGUCUUCCCUGGGCACAGUGGUACGCACCUGUAAUCCCAGGGAGGCUCCCUAUGGGAGGCUGAGGCAGGAGGAUCACAAGUUCAAAGUCAGCCUUGGCAACUUAGCAAGGUCCUAAGCAACUUAGCAAGACCCUGUCUCAAAAUAAAAAAAUUAAAGAGUUGGAGAUGUGACUCCAUGAUUAAGUGCCCUGAGUUCAGUUCCAAGUACCAAAAACAAAACAAAACAAAUCCUUGCCUGUGCCCCAUUCUCAGGUUAAAAUCUAAUUAGCAUUAGAUGAGACCCAGACAUCAGUAUUUUUCUAAGUACUCCAAGGUGAAUCUAACACUCAGCCAGAGUAAGAAGGCCUGCAUGGCCUUUGGGGAUAUGGGUAGCUCAUUGUCCACUGAGCUUUCUCCUUGCUCCUAGGUAUCUACAAAGAACUCUUCUUCUUUGUCAAAUCAUCCUUUGUGUAUACGUGCAUGUGUGUGUAGUAAGGGUUACUGAGGAUUGAACCCAGGGACACUCUACUACUGAGCUACAAUCAGUCCCAUUUAAAAAAAUUUUUUUUUAAUUUUGAGACGAGGUCUCACUAAGUUGCCAACGCUGGCCUGGAACCUCCUGCCUCAGCCUCUGCAGUCUCUGGGCCUACAGGUAUGCACUACUACGCCCAGCACGACUCAUCCUUUCAAAAAUCACAAUCUAACCCCGCUGUACAAGAAUCAUGUCCUGUACUGAAUUUAAUUUCUCUUCAUAAAUAGAGGCUAGACAUCUCACAGCAUCUCUAGACCACAAUCCCCCACCAUCCUUUUGGAGAAGAACAGAAAAAAGGUUCUUCCUGAUUUAAAACAGGCAGCUUUGACUGUGUUUCUAAAGAACAGCCAUGCUCGGGCCUUGUACAAAUGCUGCUUUUCAUUUCAAUUGCUGAAAUAAUCACCUUGAUGAUAAAGGAGAGAGGAAUGGAUUUAUAUUUAGCCUUGGCACAUAUGCAUACAUACUUGCUCUUCAAAUGAACCAGUUAUUUCAUGAAGCUGAUAUAUGGGUAUGUGUGUGCAUGGUGCACCUGUAUAUACAUUGAGCUGUAUUCUUCCAUAUUACAAUGAGAGCUUAAUUCAACUCUACCGGCUUGCAGAUAAACAAAAAUCAAAAAUCAUCUUUGUAUGUUUCCUUCCUUUACUGUUUCCAGGGAAUUGCAUGACUAAGAAUUUCUACACUUUUGAAAAGUUUCUAGAACUGGAGUCAUCCUGCCACUGGGGCACUACCCACAACUCUCUGUUCAGUGCCAAAUUAAAAGGCAGAUCACAAGUAAAAUGAAUUCAGGCAAAAGCAACUUUUGUGUGUAUGUGUCUAAGACUGGCAACAUCAUUUGCAAAGCCCAGUGUAAAUGAAAACAUGGGGCCCAUUGUUUAAAAAUGAUUAAGAAACUGGAGAUGGCAACAGCAGCACAUCAAACCAAGUGCCCUUCUGAGUGUGAGGAACUGGGCAUCUAGGUCACACACAACUGAAUAAUGUCUUUGGUGUGUAUCUGAAUAAUGGCCCAGUUUUGCACACCUAGGCAUGAGUGCAGAAAAAAUGCUCAGAUCAGAAUGUUGCUUCUGUUGGAAUUGAAAUACCUCAUCUUUCUUGCUGUACACUAGGACCUAAAACAUUGCUCUUGUAAUAGAACUGUGGUCACGGAAAGUAAAGCAAAACAAAGUAGAUGUUUUAGACAUAGCCCCACAGGACUGCAUUUGACUAAUCUUACCUUUGGAGAAAGUAGGAGGAAGACAUUAUAGAUAACUAGAGAAUACUCUUGACUUCCAAAAAAAUUAACUAUAGUAAUUAUAUGUAUAUAACUAUUUUUUAAACAAUAAUUUUUUUUUUGUUUUGGUACUGGGAAUUUAACCCAGGUACACUUUACCACUGAGAUACAUUCUCAGCCUUUUCAAUUUUUUAUUUUGAGAUAGGGUCUCACUUAGUUGCUUAGGGCCUUGCUAAAUUGCUGAGUCUGGCCUCAAACUUACACUCCUCCUGUCUCAGCCUCCUGAGCCUCUGGGAUUAUAGGUGUGUGCCACUGUGCCCAGCUUAAAUAAUAUAUAUAUAUAUAUAUAUAUAUAUAUAUAUAUAUAUAUAUAUUUUAGAAAAGUUUAAAUGCGGAAAUUCUGUACAAUAGUUUGGAAGUGUUUGCUGUUAAUGGAAAUUAAUUAGUUUGUUAAAUAAGUUCAAAAAACUUAGUUUCUGUAGCCAUUUCUUAUCUUUGGUAUGCUGGGCUUUGCUUUCCCUAAUUAUGUAAUAAAUUGGCAAUUAUAUUUAACACUAUGAAGAAAAUAAAAAAGUUGGGAUUUCUUAA